CGCGCACAGCUGCACGAGCACAAUAUUGCUGCUUGUUAGACGAAAGUUGCAUACUUUGGAGCAUUGGAUGUUUAUGACUUUAUUCUUUUACAAAAUCAACAUUAUAACACACUGGACAUACUUUUGUUUUGGAUAUAUUAAGAUGAUAUUUUAAGCUGAAGACAGGGAUUUUUGGUCUGUUUUCAUGUUUAUUAUUAUUAUUAUUAAAAUGCGGUCCUUAACGGAUCGGUGACUGUAAAUACGGUUUAUUUGCACACUGGAUAUUUCGGAUACACCAUUAAAUGUCACACAGGAUCAGCUGGCUGCGUGUUAAAAGUGACUUAGCCCCUCUGGAAUAAACUUUCCUGCAGCCGAGAGAGUGUGUGUACAGUUUGACAGAGAGAGAGACAGUUGGAUGUGUGCGCAUGAUGAGCUCGCGGCUUCUGCUGCUGGUGCUCGCGGCGCUCGCGGCGUCCCUGCGGUCUGGUCGCGCGCAGGGGGACCCUCUUCCUCUAUCUUUGGUGGAUUUGGUAAUGAACAGCCCAAUCUCAUCCGUAGACGAUCUGAAGAGACUUCUGGACGUAGAAUCCGUAGAGGAAGAUGAUGAAAAGCCAGAGAAUGAAAUUCUCACAAACGGAAAACACAAACGUCUUCCCAGAAGCCUUAGUGUUCAGGUGGCCCAGCAGGCAAUGUGUAAGGUGAGGACAGAAGUUAUGGAGGUGACCCGUGCGAUGUUGGACAGGCGGAACGCCAACUUCAUGUUAUGGCCUCCAUGUGUGGAAGUCCAGCGUUGUUCUGGUUGUUGCAACACACGCUUGCAACAGUGUGAGCCAGUCACCAUAAAAACACGACAUUUACAGAUGACGAAAAUCCAGUAUAUCAACCAAAAACCAUUCUAUGAGAAGGUCAUCAUUCCCGUGGAAGACCAUGUGACUUGUAGGUGUCAAUCACUUGUUUCUGCAAACUCCAAACGGCUCCAGGCCACACCCCUUCCCCCACCCCGGCUCCAUCCUAAAGUAACGCCACCAAAGACCCAAUCAAAAGAGGAGCUACAUCGCCAUGAUGAACUCAAACACAAUCAGAGGGUCCACCUUGAGGACAGAGAAACUCAGGAAGUACAAUGGCAGUCCGUAUUCACACUUGCGCACACACAGGGCUACCGACAAACAUACCAACAUACACUCACACACACACCUACGGCGGCAGUUUAUGUAAGAAGAGGAGAUGUUCCUACACGACAAACCACAUUAGGAGCUCUGCAAAUGAUGAGUGACACAACAGAAACUGAAGUCGAACAACGUCAUGUAAAAUCUGAACAUCAUACACUUCUUGGCAGCGGCAACGACAAUAUGAAAAAAACGACUACUGUGGAACAGCAUUAUGACCAACAGCAACAGGAGAAUCAACAUCCGAAACAUAACUAUACUACACCACAGCAACCAAAAUCCAAUUCCUCUCAGGAUUCCGUCCAAUCAGAGCACAGUAUGCCACACAGUAGCCAAUUAGACAGUCUUAGUCGCACUUACAGCCACGUAGAGGUGAUCGGCCAAUCCAGUGGCUUAUCAGAAGUACUAAGUCAUCACGCUGACCAAUCAGAAGUCAGAAAAAUUCACCAAUCAGAAGUGAGUUAUCAUCAUCAAGGCCAGCAAGGGCAGGAAAUGGAACGGCAACAAGAAGAAACCAAACACCACCUUCGUCACCAACAUCACCAACAUCACCAACAUCAUCAUACAACGCAAGCGUUACGCCAUCAACAAACCAGCACACGACAAACAGUGACAAAAGCCCCUCAGACCACACCCUCUGCCCCAAAAACUCCUCCCCCUCUCCAGCCCCCACGGAAGCGGCGACGGAAACAUCGGAAGAGGAUCAGCAAGGCCUCAAUGAGAGCUAUGAUAAUGGUAAUGUCCUGAAGAAGACCAAGAUGCUAAACUGCUCCCAAAGUCCCAGUAGAAACCACAAACCUGCAAGUCAAGCUGGAGACACACAGGAUAUAGCAGAGACACACUGGAAAUACCUUUUUAUAAUAACUGGAAAUGUCUAUGAUCUUUGCCAAAUAAGCUCCUAUGGACUGUGUUUCUCAUUAGCCAUUGCCGUUGUUGGAGGCCACCAGUUCUGCAGUCUUUGCACUAUGGGAGCUGGCCGUACUCAGGACAUCCUGUAAAAAUGGACUUAAAAGGGAUUCAAUAAGGACAUAAACAAAGCCUGCCAAAUAGUCAGACUGUAUUUAAAUCAUAACACAAUUACAGUCUGCCAAAUAUACACCAUUCAGCAUACAACUGCCAAAUGCUGUGCAAUAUUGACUUGAAUUACUGGUUGGCCAAGAACCUGGCUCCAAUCAGUGAUUGGCUACUUUAGAAACUGAACUGGUCCUGAUUCGUCAAAGUAGCCUUGAAAUGCCAAUGAAUGGUGAAGAACCAAUAAGAGUCAGGGAUGGAAAAGAACUCUUGACUGUUACCCACUGGAGAAACUAAAGGAAUAGCAACUGGAAGUUGCAAAUUAGAAGUUAAAACUGGAAUAUGUAACUGAAAGUUCUAAGGACUCUCAAAGAGAAAAGCAACUGGAGAUACGAAGCUCAGGACUGCCAGAGAGUAUAAAAUACAAAUCAUAACUAUUGCUAAUUUAUCUCAAAUGGUAUAAUCUGUACAUUUUCAAGUUACUUAAACACUCCAAGCUUAUUAGAGAUCAAGAUAUCAGCUGGCUAGAUAUGGAGCUUGGAAAAUUGUGGCGUAUAUGCACUUACAAAACAGUACCAUGGUAUCAUCCUUAAUCUUUGGACAUGGUACCUUGAUCUUUUGACAUAGCUUUGAGUUGAAGUAGCUUGGAGUACCAUGUUUAUGAAUAUGGCAAUCCAUCUGAUACCAUCACUAUACCAUGGUACUUCCACAGUACUUUUCUAACCUUUUUUAAGUAUUACGCACAAUAUUUAAGUUGUGCAAAAACACUGGAAUAUCAUACACUGGAGGUUAUAGAAAGUUCUAAACCAUUAUGUAUGUAGAUGCAGUAAACAUAACAUGAUAACGCAUGGUCAAGUAGGACCUAAUUCAAUACUAGAAUGAAAAUAAGAACAUUGUGUUUAGCCGUAAUGAUUAGAGUGAAAUACUCCCAUCCUGUAGUGGGCGGUAUGGAGUACUUUGUAAUUUUACCAAUGCCUACUGUUCCCAAAAUCAAUCUAUCUGUCAUUCAACUGCUUCUGGAAACUUGUAAAGCUAUAAAAUAACUGUUUGUAAAUUAUGCUUUUCUGUCUUUUCGUAACUUAUUUAUAAAAGGUAGAUGCACUACCCAUCUGCUUCCAAGAGUAAUUAAUUGUUAUUUGUUAUAUUGAGAAUUAUUGUUAAUGUUA